UCGGUGAUGAAGUUUUUUUAAAAUAUUGACUAUGGACUUCAUAUCGGUUUCACCUAAAACUUCUCGAGCAUUUUCCCCACUCUACAGGACUCAAUUACAGCAAUUCUGAGCUAUUGAAGCCUGUUGUUCGUUAAGUAAUGGGUCAAAGGACUCGGCUGAUUCUGCUGCUACUUUCCAUCCAGUGUUUGGUACUAACGGGGAUGGCCAAUGAUGAUUAUAAAGGUCUAAUUUCUCUCAUGGAUGAGUUGAAGAACACACCACCAAAUUGGGUAGGUGCUGAUCCUUGUGGUGGCAAUUGGGAAGGGAUUGUAUGCACCAAUUCACGUGUGACCUCCAUAGUAUUGACAAGCAUGAAUUUGACGGGUGAGCUAUCUGGUGAAAUCCAGUUGUUGUCUGAGUUACAGACUCUGGAUUUAUCUUACAACAAAGACAUAACAGGACAACUUCCUAAUUCAAUUGGGAAUUUACAGAAGCUACUAAACUUAAACCUGAUUGGUUGCAGUUUCUUUGGACCUAUUCCAGACGCAAUUGGGAAUCUGCCGCAGCUAACUAUUCUAUCACUGAAUAAUAAUAGCUUCAAUGGACCAAUUCCAGCUUCUAUUGGUAAUCUUUCCAAUCUUUAUUGGCUGGACCUAGCUGAAAACCAGCUUUCUGGACCAAUACCAGUCUCUAAUGGGUUUAAACCUGGUCUUGAUAUGCUAGUUCAUGCGAAGCACUUCCAUCUUGAAAAGAACAAGCUCUCGGGUGAAAUUCCACCUCAACUUUUCAACUCAAGCAUGGUUUUGAUACAUUUGAUUCUCAACAGCAAUGAUCUCACUGGCAGCAUCCCUGACACCAUUGGACUUGUGCAGACUUUGCAGGUGAUACGCUUUGAUGGAAAUUCACUAAGUGGACCCGUGCCUUCGAGCCUCAACAGUCUUGUGAAUGUUGGCGAGCUGUACUUGUCGAACAACAAGCUGACUGGUCCUAUACCAAAGCUUAAUGGCAUGAACCUCCUCAAAUAUAUGGAUAUGAGCAACAAUGAUUUUGAUGCGCCCGAUAUUCCUACGUGGUUUUCAACCUUACAGUCUUUGACGACAAUAGUGAUGGAAAAUGGUGGACUUCAAGGACCAGUUCCUGUUUCCCUAUUCAGCCUUCCAAAUUUACAGACCGUGGUACUAAGGAACAACCAGCUCAAUGGCACCUUAAAUAUUAGCAUCGCCUAUAGCAACCAACUGCAACUCAUCGAUUUGCGGAACAAUUCAAUUGUCAGCUUCAUAGAUACAGCUGGAGGAUACAACAGGGACUUGAUACUUGUGGAUAACCCAGUUUGUCAGAAAACAGAAGUCACAAAGAGUUACUGUGCGGUUUCCCAAUCGAAUAAUUCCUUAUACUCAACCACACAAAAUAACUGUCCGCCUGUUCAGUGCAAUUUGGAUCAGAUUCCAAGCCCUAACUGUAAAUGUGCAUAUCCAUACAUGGGAACUCUAUUCUUCAGAGCUCCUUCCUUUUCAGACUUGAGAAAUGUAAGUUACUACAAGGCUCUUGAGAAGUCUCUCAUGGAAUAUUCUGAGUCUGCAAAAUUGCCUGUGGAUUCAGUUUCCCUGAGUAACCCAAUCAGAGACUUGUCUAUGAACCUGGAAUUGAGCCUAGAAGUCUUCCCAUCUGGACAAGAUCAUUUCAAUCGAACAGGAAUUUCUAGGAUUGGGUUUAUGCAGAAUCAGAAUUUUAAGCCUCCACCAGAUUUUGGACCCUUCUAUUUUAUUGCUGAUCCAUAUGGGCACUAUGCAGGAGGACGUAAAGAAUCAAAAAAGUCUUUGAGCACGGGCAUUAUAAUUGGAGCAGCAGCUGGUGGCGCCGUCCUGCUGCUACUGUUACUCCUUGCUGGGACUUAUGCUUUCCGUCAAAAGAGAAGAGCAGAAAGAGCUUCUGAGCAAUUAAAUCCUUUUGCACACUGGGAUCCAAAGAGCAGUGGUGGCAUUCCUCAGUUAAAAGGGGCAAGAUCCUUUUCUUUUGAGGAGCUCAAGAAGUACACCAACAAGUUUUCUGAAGCAAAUUCUAUUGGAUCUGGGGGUUAUGGGAAGGUUUAUCGGGGAACUCUUCCUGCUGGUCAACUGAUUGCCAUUAAGCGAGCUCAAACAGAAUCUAUGCAGGGUGGGCUUGAGUUCAAAACUGAGAUUGAACUUCUCUCAAGGGUUCAUCAUAAGAAUCUUGUCAGCCUUGUUGGUUUUUGUUUCGAUCAAGGUGAACAAAUGCUGGUAUAUGAGUAUGUUCCAAACGGUACCCUGAAAGAUAGCCUUUCAGGGAGAUCAGGAAUCCGGUUGGAUUGGAUGAGGAGGCUAAAAGUAGCUCUUGGUGCAGCCAGAGGUCUAGCAUAUCUCCAUGAACUUGCCAACCCUCCUAUUAUACACAGGGACAUUAAAUCAACUAACAUUUUGCUGGAUGAGCGCUUAAAUGCAAAAGUAGCUGACUUUGGUCUUUCUAAGCCUAUGGGUGAUGGUGAAAAAGAUCAUGUCACCACUCAAGUGAAAGGCACAAUGGGCUACUUGGAUCCUGAAUAUUACAUGACCCAACAGUUGACUGAAAAGAGUGAUGUAUAUAGCUUUGGAGUGCUAAUGUUGGAGUUGAUAACUGCAAGAAUGCCAAUUGAAAGGGGGAAAUACAUCGUCAGAGUGGUUCGUACGGCAAUGGAUAGAACGAAAGUAUUAUACAACCUUCAUGAAGUUCUCGACCCAACCAUUGGCUUGCAAACAUCACCGAAAAGUCUAGAGAAGAUCGUGGACCUGGCAUUGAGUUGUGUUGAAGAAUCAGGAGCUAACAGGCCUGCAAUGGUGGUGGUGAAAAGGAUUGAGAACAUUAUGCAGUUGGCUGGUUUGAACCCCGAUGCUGAAUCCGCAUCCACUUCAGAGAGUUACGAGGUAACCAAGGAGAAUUCCCACCAUCCUUACAGCAACGGCUUUGAAUACAGUGGGGUUUAUCCGACUUUAAAGAUUGAGCCUCAUUAAGUAUCCUUUCGCGUAGCAUAACUGGUUGUUUGUUUUAUGUGAGAAAAAACCACAAUCAUAAUUGACAUUCGUUAUAUUAUUAUUCUCUUUGUACUGUGGAACAAAUGCCAAAACUGUGGAUAUUUGUCAUAUUUUUCGUUCUA